AUGGCAGCGGCAGGCGGGCGGCUCCUGGCUGUGGCUUACUCGGGGCGGGCGGGAUGGGGCGGGCCGCGCCGCAGCCUGACCGUGCCGCUUGUGCCCUCCCGGAGCGCCACCGUCACCCGCAGCGGCGCCAUUUUGCCCAAGCCGGUUAAGACGCCCUUUGGCCUCCUCAGAGUAUUCAGCGUUGUGAUCCCUUUCCUGUAUGUCGGGACUCAGAUCAGUAAGAACUUUGCAGCCCUACUUGAAGAACAUGAUAUCUUUGUCCCAGAGGAUGACGAUGAUGAUGAUUAAAGGAACUGUAAUGGAAGAACAGAAGGGAGAAAGCCUUUGACAAAGCAAUGGCUCCAACAUCUGUCACCUGUUUUGCUCUUCCUAAACAGGACAGGGGGCUCUGUAUCCCCUUUGCCAGCAAGUGUCCUAUGCAUGUCUGUGUGAUGGAAAUCUGUAGAUCAGGGUUGAAGGAAGUACUUGAUAGGCCCUGCAUCCUUGCACACACACACUCACCUCAUCAAAGACUGCUUGAGAUUCCUUUUAUUAGCAAUAUGGGAAACACAUAAAUUAAAGAUCAAGAGAUUGAGAUAUAUGA